CUCCUGCUUGCCGCCGAAGCGGGCCGCAGCCACAGACUCUGUUCUUCCGCCAAUAACUUUGUGUGAAGACUGUUUGGGGGUUGCCGUUUAGGGGAGUACUUACCGCCUGUAUCUAGAUUCCUUCUAGUUAUAGAGAGAGAUGUUGUUGGUAGUCUAUAGUUGCUAGUAUAGUUAUUAGUUAGUUAUCAGUUUAAGAUGAAGUAUUCUUACAGACUUGUUCAUAUCUAUGACUUAUCGCGCAGCACUCUUCCGGGUAUCAGAGAAUGCAUCUGCUCUUCUCUUCUGGGUGUUGUUCUUGUUCUGUAUCCUGUUCUAUAUCCUGUUCUGUAUCCUCUUCUAUAUCCUGUUCUAUAUACUCUUCUGUCUAUUCUAUACUCUUCUCUUCUCUCUUCUCUUCUCUCUUCUCUUCUCUCUUCUCUUCUCUUCUCUGCACACUCUACUCAUCAUCACCACCACCACCACCACCACCAUCUACUCUACAUCCGCCACCGCCACAUCUGCCCCUAAAUCUUUAUUCUCCUGCCUUGUCGUUCGCUAUCUCCUCUUCCUCUUCUCUGCCUAGCGCCUCGCCCGCCUCCUAAACGCCUUCCCGACUUUGCCGGCGCCGCUCUC